CGGUCUUAUCUUGGAAUUUCGGUGUGAUCAUGGCAGUGUUUUGAAUGUAAUGAGGUAUUAGUGCCUACAUUUGGUUCAAAAUAGGCUAGAAGAAAUUUUAUGAAGCCUAUUGCAAGAUAAAACGAUGGGAUACACAAUGCAAAAUCUAAGAAAUUUUAGAGAAGAUCCAGGUUAUCAAUAUUUCAUCGCAGUUCGCGAUGCCCUGAGAACUCUUGGUAAUGGUUUACGUCAUUUUUGCAAGCAGAAGGCCCAAGAACUUCAGGCAACAUUGCUAAGAAAUGCCGCCGGAAUAUGUAAUUGUGCAGUUAUACCUGGGGCUGUGGUAAAACCUUGUCGUCAUACUUGUAAAUGGGCAAGAGAAUUGGAGAAAAUGCAUGCCAAUAAAAAGAAAAAGUUCGUCCGGUUUUAUCAAAGUGACAGCACAGUGUGGCAUGAUCCUAACGGUUACUGGGAAUUAGCGAAGGUUUUUAUGAACGAUUUAGGAGGAAAGUGGAACGACGUUAAAAGUCCCGAGGACACAGAUUUAACUGGACUCUUAAAUUUUUUAAUAUUUUAUAAACAGUCUAAAGUUCAACAGCCCUUGCUUAUAUCAGUUCGAGAUUUGAGAAAUGUUUUAGCACAUACAAAAAGUUAUAAGAUCAAUGCAUCAGAAAAGAAAGCAGCAUUUGACAGUAUUGAUCGCCUAAUGAAUGAUGUCGAAUUAUUAUCGUGUAAAGAAGUUCAAGAUUGCCGUCAAGAAAUCGAGGAAGUAAGAAAUGCUGAUGUUUCUUUUGUAUUAGAAAGGGAUUUGCUUGUUUUGAAAGAACUAACACGGCAGCAAGAAUUUGAAAAGGAAAGCCAGCGGAAACGCCAAACAGAACAAUUGGUGAACAUGAUUGAAACAAUCUUAGCUGCAUCAAACAAUAAUCUUCCACCGCCCUAUGCUUCAAAUGCUCAGGUUGAUUACGGAAAAUAUGUGACCGGUUUAAUGUUUUGGUUUAUCACAUUUUUCAUGCUUCCCGUUAAAAUUGUGAAAGAACUCAGUCGUUGGAAAUAUCUUCCAUUGUUAAUCCUAAAUGUUACCUUGUUGGUAUCAUACGUCAGUGAAAAUUCCGUGUUUGUAUCGGAUUAUGGUUGCUCUCUUCGUGUUGAAAUAUCGCCAAUUAACACUCUAGGAUUUAACGAAUUUGACUUUACUGCCACUCAUUUAUCUUACAAACGAGAAAAUUUCAUUGGAAGAAACUGGUUGUUCAGAGAGUUGGAUGACAUCUUUCUAAGUAAUUCUGCUCCUCAAGGCGUUCUUAUUAUUGGAGAUCCAGGAUCUGGAAAGUCAGCUCUCAUGUCACAACUGAUUUGUUCACCCUUUUCCAGCUUGGCAAUCUACGAUAACAUCAUUGGGUAUCAUGUCUGUGACUAUUCUGCGGUUGUCACGCGAGACGGUGCUUCUUUUGUGCGUAAUUUAGCGGAUCAGAUAGCUGGUAAAAUUCCUAGAUUUGCUAGUCACAUAAAUGGUAAAAAACGAUUGCAAACCCACCUGGAACAACGGUGUAAUCGAGAUCCAAUUCAGUGUUUUGUUGUAACAAUUAUUGCGCCUCUAAAAGAACUGAAAGUCAAACCAGACGACUUUAAAUAUAUUGUUAUUGAUGGUUUGGAUGAAUGUACUGAAAAGGACGGAGAAACAUCAGCAAUAUUGGAUAUGUUUCGUCAUAAGAUGUCCUGGUUUCCUCAGUGGUUAAAAGUUAUUAUGAGUUCACGAAACGGAACAACAGCAAUUUCAAAAGUACCCCGAACAGUGCAAAGACUGUUUAUAAAUUCUGAUGAUGAACGAAAUAUGGAGGAUAUUCGGUCUUUUGUUUCGCAUUAUUUGAGAAAAAAAUCUUCUUUCAUCAGCAAGCUGUGGAAUACAAUUUAUCCAUUAACCGAUGAACUAACCAAACAUGCGGAAGGAAAUUUCUUGUUUGUUAAGACGAUAUUGGAAAAUAAUCUAGGGACUGAUGGUGCGAUUAAUAUAAAUUCAAUGCCAAACGGUCUUUACGAUAUUUAUGACCGAGUAUUUCAGCGGUAUUUCAUAAAGGAAGAUUCUGCUCGUUUUGAAAUCCUGUUUGAAAUUCUUUUGGCGGGUGGCUCUUUGCACGAAACGGAGAUCGUUGAUAUUUUUCAUAACCAAAAUCAAGAUAGAGACGUACAAAUUCUUCUGGCGCAUGUAUCUUCUUUGUUGCACUUUGGACAAAAUGGAACUGUAAGCAUUUAUCAUCAAUCCUUUGCUGAAUGGUUAUUAAACAAUGAUAACCGUAUUAAUGGAUUUUCUUUUCAAAUACGUCGAGGUCAUGGGUACAUUGCACAUUGUCUCCUUGAAAAUACUAAGAAAACAAAUAUCACCAUAACUUUCAAACAGCUUACUCGAUUAUGUAUGCAUAUUUUAAAAUCUGGUGGCCCAAAUGAUGAGCAGAGAAAGCAGCUAAAGCUGCUUAAUGUUACUAAAAUUCGUAAUCAACAAAAUGGUGAAUGUAUUUUACAUGAGCUUGCUCGAAGAGAAAGAGGUUCUCAAUUAUUGGAAAUUUUUCUUCCUAGUUUUUCCUCGGUUGAUAUUCUGGAUCUGGAAGGAAAGCCGCCAGCGUAUUAUGCAGCAUUUGAAGGAUUCGUAGAUAAUCUAAUGCUGUUUAUUAGUCACGGGACGUGUGCGAAUUGUAUUCUAAAGGACGUUUCCUCAUUCGAUGAAAUUAAAGCUGCUAUGAAACUAACAAUAUAUAAAGAAUCCAGUAUAAUGCAUGCUGCAACCUAUAAUGGUCAUACAAAAGUUAUUCAAAUUUUGCUUCAACACAAUGCUUCGUUGAUCAAAUUUGAUCAGUACACACCGACACUGAUACAUAUCGCAGUUGAACGAGGGCACUUAGAUCUUAUUAAAUUGCUUCUUAAUUACGGUGUUAAGGCUGACAAGGUAUGUCUUCAUCACGCUGCGUCAAGAAACCAUUUCCACGUUGUAAAGUAUCUCAUAGAAACUGCAGGUAUCAAAGAUGAAUGCUGGCAGUGUAAGCCUAUAAAUUCCUUUAACCUUCAACGAAAGAAAUUGCACGAAAUUCAUGAUAUGUUUUGUGAAACUGCGUUACACGCAGCCGUGUCCAAGCAUCAUAUGAAUGUGACAAAACUUUUGCUGAAGUUUAAGAAUUCAACUUUGAAUUGUAAACAUUAUUCAGGAAAGACGCCGUUAAUGGAUGCAGUUGAACGAAAUGACACAGAAAUAACUGGAUUAUUACUCGAAAACGGCGCGAAUGUAGAAGAAAAAUGUGGUAAUGAAAUAUCACUCAACUUUGCAGAAGGUUCUCGUAUCCAAUAUAUUUACGGAAAACGAUCUUUGUAUACUGUUUAUCGUGAGAAAACGUCUUGCCCGUGUGGAAAUAAAGCUCUUCAUCUUUCGGCAAAAUACGGAUUGUGGCACAUGGCGAGAUAUUUGAUUUACAAUUGGAAUGCCAGUGUACUUGACAAAAAUUGCAAUGGCGAAACUGUUUGGAAAAUCGCUAUCCUAUCGCAUAACGAGGACUUUAUUUACCACGUAAAUCGAAUGCUACUGGAUUUGGAUGAGUUGGAAGAAUUUGGAAUAUCACAAAAUCAACGCCGUACCUUCAGGAAAUUAUUCAGAAAAUUCUUGAAAACAAAACUUUAUCAAUCCAGUUUUCAGUGUGAUUCAACAUUUGAAGGAAUGUCGCCACUGCAUAUUGCAGCACUUAUGGGUGUAGACAUGCUAAAUCAUGUACAUAAAAAAGCUCAGGAAAUUGCCCCAAGUAUACCUUUAAACUGCACGAAUAAACACUGGAUUACUCCAAGAUAUUUAGCGUAUUUUUAUGAUAAUAUUCAUGAUGUGACAGAUGAAAGACCAAGCCUUCUGAAACAAACUCCACGCGGCAAUAAUGAUUUUGUGAAAACUGUGUUACAAUAUCCAGACCGUGAAGCUGAGUUUCAUUUGAUUUACAACUACUUUUAUGAUGAGCUAGAUGAGGUGAAAAAAUUUCUUACAUAUCAAAUUUUUAAGUCGUUAGAGAAGUACGAUAUAACAAACUGCCCAGGAUAUUAUGAUAUGCCUUCAAAGAAAGCGCUGGAACCAUCUUGCGACAAGUACGAUUCCAACACUGAAGAAGAAGCAGAUGAUGAUUCCGGAACAGAAGACGAUGAUGCUACAAAUACCGAAUUUAUGUGGCAAAAAACUAGCAACUGUGUGAUUCUUCCUGUGCCUGUUGUAAAAGAAGAAUGCAAAGAGCCCACUGAGUUGGAAAAAGUUGUGUUUAAUAAACCAAAAAUAAAAUCUAUUCAGGAAAUAUAUUUGAGGUUAAAGUUUGAUGAAUAUAUGAUAGAUUGUGGUUGUCCUAGGAUCUUGAGUAAAUUGCAAGAAAUAUUUACUCGAUUACCGAAAGAGAAUCGUUACGUUAAUCAGUUUAUUUCCGAAAGAAUGGGUUGGAAGGAAACGUCCUCCGACGGGGAAAUUUUAAAGAGAUGGCCUUUGUAUUUUUUUCACAAAAAAUUGAGGAAUGAAUAUCAGUCCUACAAAUACCUUGACGCUUUAAGUGAGGGUUUUAAGAUGAAAAGUAUUAAUUGA